CGCUAUCAUGAUAAGUCAGCCAGUCUGGAGAUAUCUGAGUUCAUGCCCAGGUUGAGGGAGGAUAAGAUUAAUCAGUGUCCUUUGAACGCCUUCUACUGUUGGGUGAAGGCGAAGAAGAUUGCUCGACUCAGAUUUCACCACAACAGCGACUUCAACAUCCGCCCUUUCCAACCACUACUCACAUCCCACUUGAGGUAUUUAAGGCUUGAUCGACUUGGGGUUGAAUGUAGGUAUCUUAAUGUUAAUCUCUGGAGCGAGCAUAUUCAACCUCUCUGUGGAUUACGGGGAUUGAGAUACUGCAGGUUCGAGCGCCUCAAAUAUGAAUGCGACCUUGAUUGGGGCGUCAUAAGCGACAUCAGCUACCUUUACCUGCCUGGCCAAGGUGAAUACCUUUGCGACUACGAUAGCUUUCAGCUUCUAUUUCCUGACGGAACCAAAUCUUUCGAAGCAAAAGGCGAAAGCGUGUGCACAGAACUCAAGGGGUUGGUGUGCUACUUGGAGGCAUCCGAAGAGCAGAAGCGUUCGCAAAUCAUCAGAGAGGGACUUGUCAGCCAUGACAAGAUCGGAAUCGUUGACUAGGGCCGCAGAACAAAUUUCUGAUAACCACAAGAAUGUCGAGGAUGUUGAGGGAAAACUAUCACUCAGCUAUUAGCCAGUCCCCGAAUCAGGUACAGAA